AUUGCUCAGAGGAUUAUGACAGCUUUGCAGUCUAUUCCUGUAGAAGCUCAGACUAACAGAGAAAAUAACCAGAGUACAGAGAAGACAAAGGAAAAUAAACUACAUGAUAAGGAUGCACAUCUGAGAAAUGAAAAGGAGGAUUGUGAUUUCAGAAUUGCCACAUUAAAAACAACUGUCAGCCCUGAAAAAAAAACUGCUGGUCAGAUAGUCAGGACAGUGCAUAUGGAUAAAAUACUUGGCUGUCAAGAUACCAAAAUACUGAGCUGUUACCAGGAUUCAGGCUUCCCAGAAUGGCAAUAUCAAGAAAGGAGUCUUUCAGUAGAAGAAAAAGCCCUGAAGGAUGGGGAAAACAAAAUAGUUAUUCCUCUUAAAAGAAGGCAAAAUGUGUCUACAUCUUGUUCAGAGAAAACAAGAAGAUUGCAUUUAAAUACCUGCAUGUUCCUACCUGAAGGAAGACACAGCUGUACUCCUGGACAAAUAAAGUCUUCUGGAAAGUUUCCUUGUGAUAUCAGCAGUUUAGGAUGUGAAGAAAAAAGGAAACUCCUUGCAACUAUAGAACAGGCAGCAGCUUUUAUCACUACUAUGAUAUUUCAAGAUGGUUCUUCACAGCUCAACUCGGAGCAGGACUCUACCUCCUCAGUAAAAGGAGUUGUUGUGCUGGUGAAGAAUCAGACUGAUCAGCCUUGUCCUCCAGGUCACACUUCAACUGGCUAUACUUGGAAUGCUGCAAAUGAAAAUGAUAAAUUAAUUUAUUUAAAAACUGAACAGUCAUCUCUCUGGGAUCAGGAACAAGAACAAGCUCGCAAGAAAUUUUCUUGGCAAGUGUUGUUUCAAAUGCUGCAGUGCAAAGUUCCAAUAAUUUGCUUCAAUGCAAAAGAUUUCCUGAGGACUCUACUUCAAAUUUAUGGUAAUGAAAUCAGCUGGAAACAAGUUGCCAAUAGUGUCGUGCUAGAUCCAAGGAUUGCAGCAUGGCUGAUAAACCCCAGUGACACAGUUCCUUCCUUUGAGUGUUUAAUACAGAAGUAUUUUGAAAAGCCUUUUUCAAAGGGAGCAGAAAAUACAGAUACAGGCACUUUGAGAAACAUAUCUUAUCAAAACUUAGGUGUGAACUUGGAGAAGCUUUAUAACGUAAUGAUGGACCUUGCUAAUGGCUUAAAGGCUCAAGGUUUGUGGAACUUAUUUUGCACAUUAGAGCUUCCACUUAUCAAAAUUCUGGCAGUGAUGGAAACACACAAAAUAUAUGUGAACAAACAAGAACUGAAAAAAACAUCAGAGAUUCUAGGGCUGCGGCUCAAAGAGCUUGAACAGGAGGCUCAUGAGGCUGCUGGAGAACGAUUCCUUUUGACCAGCAGUUGUCAGCUCCGAGAGGUACUAUUUGAUAAGUUAAAGCUCCAUACGCUGUGUGAGAAACUUCACAGGACUGAAAUACAACAGCUCGUAUCCACCUCAGAAGUUGUGCUAAAUAAAUUGCAAGACCUUCAUCCUUUGCCUAAGAUAAUUUUAGAGUACCGCCAGGUUCAUAAGAUGAAAUCAACUUAUGUGGAUGGACUACGAACGUGCAUGAAAAAGGGAUUCAUUUCCUCCACUUGGAAUCAGACAGGAACUGUGACUGGCAGACUUUCAGCCAAACAUCCUAACAUUCAAGGUAUCUCUAAACAUCCAGUUACAAUUACAAAGAAACAGUACAUAAAAGGAAAAGAAGAGGACAUAAUAACUAUUUCCCCAAGAACACUGUUUGUUUCAAAAAAAGGAUGUACAUUUUUAGCAGCAGACUUUUCUCAUAUUGAGUUAAGGAUCCUUGCUGACUUAUCAUCUGAGCCAGAACUUCUGAAACUGUUCCAAGAACCUGAAAUCACUGAUAUCUUUUCUACACUGGCUUCUCAGUGGAAAGGGAUUCCAAUUGAGCAAGUGAAACAUGCUGAUAGAGAGCAAGCAAAGCGUAUUGUUUACUCUGUGGUUUAUGGAGCAGGUAAAGAACGUCUCGCUGACUGCUUGGGAAUUACUCCUGUUCAAGCCAGUCAAUUUAUAGAGAGUUUUAUGCAAAAAUACAAGAAAGUACAUGAAUUUACAAAGAAAACCAUUGAGCAGUGCAGGUAUAAAGGUUACGUGGUUUCCAUCAUGGGACGCAAAAGGCCACUGGCCAAUAUCAACGCACAGGAUUACAAGCUGCGCACUCAAGCAGAGAGGCAGGCUGUAAAUUUUGUUGUUCAAGGCUCUGCAGCUGAUCUUUGUAAAAUGGCUAUGGUGAAGAUUUUUGCCUCUGUUGUCAUUUCUCCAACUUUAACAGCCAGGUUAAUUGCCCAGAUCCAUGAUGAAUUGUUGUUCGAAGUAGAAGAUUCUCAAAUCCAGGAAUUCUCAGCACUGGUAAAAAGAAUAAUGGAGUCCCUGCAGCAAACCACAGCCUUGGAAGUGCCACUGAAGGUUCCCUUGAAAGUGAUUCUCACCACUGGGAAAUCAUGGGGGUGUAUGACAGAAUUGCAGGAGAUGUAA